CGUGAACAGACUUGCACCGGUUAAAAUCAGAAGAUCCUCGAUUGUAAGCGGCUCGUGAUCAUAUCAAUCGUACCCAAACAAUUACAUUUAGAUUUUGUUAGUUUGUUGCCGAUAGCUUUGAAUUCUUCAUCUCUUCUAGAUACUUGCUGUGAAAAUAGAAAUGUUUGAGAUGAACCAAACAGAUUCAAAAAUCAUACCAGACAAAAUCCUGGACAACCUCAUUUGCCAGAAAUGUUUCUCCUAUUUGACGGUCUUACCUGUCACCCUCCUUUCAAAUGGAUUACAGCUCUGUGGUAGAUGUACACAGCACAAAACUCGUUUGCAAAACCAUAGUCCAACACCUCUGGUAGUUUUACAAAACCCAGUAGCAACACAGGAUGUCGAAUACACUAUUCCAAUUGUCUUAUACGCUUAUGCGAGCUCUCAAACAUUAUUUCCCUGUAUAAAUAGAUACGAGGGAUGUCCGAAGUAUCUAACCAUUGACCAAAUUGAGUUUCACGAAGCGAGUUGUGUAGUUUCAAAAACCAAAUGCCCUAAAUGUGAAUUUAGGGGAGUGGCAUCACAAUUUAUACAACAUUUCAAACAUAUUCACAGAGAAUAUUAUAAGGGCCGAGCUGAUUUUACAUUAAACCAUCGAAAUAUCUAUAACAACAUCUUCUUAUAUCGUAGAUUUAAUGUUAUUCUUAUUGUAAACUGCCUGUACUUGGAAAAUCUAAAUCGAAUGUUAUUGGAAGUGUUCAAUAUUGCCAAACAGCACUGUGAAGGUGUGGUAAAAAUAAAUUUAGAAUUAAAAUGCGAAGGACAGCGUGAAAAGAAAUGCAUCAACAUUAUAUCUAAACGCAUCUAUGUCGAUAGUAAAUGUAGCUAUAAUAUUUCGUUUAAUAUCGGAGACUGUUUUGAUGUGGAAUUGAUAGACUGUGUGUUUGUUUUGGAAAAAUUCCUACCGGCUGUAAGUUAAUAACAGCCCAGCAGAAAUAAUGUUUAAUUUAUUCUUAUGUCAAUUGGAAUAUUCCAUUUUAUUUGCAUUAAACAUAUUUACUUUUUCCAAUAAUGUAUAAUGAAGCGAAUACAGAAUGUUAUAGUCCCGUAAAUAUUGGAUAAAUAACAUUUUAUAUGUAUCAAAAUAUGAGAAAAAAGACUUAUUAACAUGUAUUAAUAAAAUAUUUACUUUUUCA